AUGGAGGCAGUGAUAGUCGAGCCGCCCCAGGAUGCGACUGCACGUAUCGUGUGCUUGCCAGAGCUAGGGAGAGUGCAGGAGCGAGUUGUGCUAAUUUUCCAUGCAGCUUAUCCGGACGUAAGAGAUGUGCACCUCUAUUCUGUACAUCUCGAACUUCUCAAGUUACGCCGAUCUCGACUCAUGGAUCACAUUCGAGCAUCUCUGGAGCUGUCAACAUUCGGUACUCCACGAGCUCUGGAGCUCGCAUUCACAAAGUCCUUGGUGGUGGUGCUUGGAGACGCGCAUGUGUAUGUAUUUGGCCAGGCCCUUGCGUUGGUGAUACUGUGCCGAAGUGGGAAGGACGAAAAGCUAACCCGUCCAAGUUCUCUCUACCGUCUCAAAAAUGCUAGCCCCCCGCAAAGUAGCAGUCUACCUUUUUAUUACCACAAGGAGCGGCUGACUACGGCAGACACUUACCUAAUCGUUGCGUCGAGACACCUAAAUUAUCACAUGGAUAGCGAUUUUACAAGCGUUUUCACCACUCGGAUCGACGCACUUGGCCUCGAGGAAGCUUGCCGCCAGAUUGCCGAUGUAGGGUCUGAUGAUUGCAGGACAUUCGCAGUAGUUCCUGUUGGAGAGCUGCUGCGACAGAAAGUGGCCAAUGGAGUGACUCAAGAGGUGAGUGGACAGCUACACAGCGCCGCAGAGGACAUAGAGGAAAACCCAGUCGAUAUAAAUCCCGAGCCUGCGGACGAAUCUGAGUCUGAAGAUGAAGAUGUGCCUGAAGACCCGGAUGAGUCUGAAGACGAACAAGCGACGGAGUUAUAUGAUGUUAGACCCGAUGGUUUCCUUCCCCUAGUCAAUGGGAACCCUCAAGUACCCGAACCCUUUACCUCUUGCAAGCCCGGACCUCUUAGGGACCCCUGCAUAAGAGUGAUGGACCUCAAGGAAAAGGACCUCAAGCUUGUUUGUAAAGUCGGCUCUUGCAAGUUCGUGAUUAAAAACGGGGACAUAAAAGAGUGGUUUGUAGACGGAAAGAAUGACGCUAUUGUAGUUCCUGUUGGAGGUCAGAUACACAGAGAAAUAUGUAUUGCUACUGGUUCCUUUACUGGCUUGGAUAUCAUCCCUUCAGGAGGACUGCCAGCUCCUAAAAUCAUUGUUAUUCAAGGCCCAAAAUACUACAAAGACAGGGACAUGGAAGCUGCUGAGUAUCUUGGUCUCACUUACAGGAACGCUAUAACAUUUGCUUGCAAGGAGGGCAUUAAGCACAUAGCGUUCCCAGCUAUCUUGUGCAGAUAUGGCGGGUUUCCUCUGGAUAAAGCGGCAAGGAUUGCUGUAGAAAGCGUACAAAAGGCACUCAAAAUUGCUAAAGUGUCCAUUGAGGUUCACUUUGUCAUAAAGGACGAACCCACCUGGAGAGACUGGGUAGCUGCAACAGACCUCCUUGCAUUUAAGGAUUAUGAUCGUUACGUAUCUUGUCGGUGCAACAGACCUCCCUUUCCAGUCACUUCUGAAGGCAUUCCAACUUUUUUUAGCCGUGAUUGAGAAUAUUCUAGGUCAUUGUUGUC